CAAGAAGAAAGCAUGGCGGAUGAUCACGGGUAAAGUCGAUGUAAUUCAGCUAGGACAGUUUUUUGUCGACAAUGUCGGAAUUCGCGCAAAUAUCACGCUUUAAAGAAGAAAAUAAAAAGGCUUUGCUGGAACGCCAACAACGGCUGCUCACGUGUGAGAGAUUCAAGGAAGACUAUGAAAAACUUGAGGCUCUAUUGCAGACUCUUCCAAACAAAACAUCCCACGAGGUUAUGGUUCCAUUUGGAUCUGUGGCUUUUAUGCCAGGAAGACUUAUUCACACUAAUGAGAUUAUAGUGCUUCUUGGAGACAAUUGGUUUGCUGAGCGUUCGGCCAGUCAAGCUCUUGAAAUGGUGGAGAGACGAAAAAAAUAUCUGGAGAAAAAUAUUGCUGGGAUUAAGGAAGACUUGAAGAAUUUUGAAUCAGCAGUAAACUUUGCCUCAGAAAUUCAGUCCAUUGCAGAGGAAAAUGCAGAUGUAAGAGAAAUCAAAGAAGAGCUUUCAUCACAAGAGGAGGAGAGAUUUUCAACUCAUCAUUUACGAAAGGCACACCCUAAGGCUGAAAGAUUUGGUGGUACGAAGAAAGUUCAAGGACUUAAGAGUGAUCAAAAGGAUACAAUAACAAUGAAAGGAAAUAAGGUACAAAAAGUGUCUUCAGAAGACUUGUCUUUGCUUGCAAGACUAGAUGAACUGGAAGAAAAGGAAACUAAGAAUGCUGAACUAGACCAGGUUGGGAAGGAUGAUUCUGGUGAUGAAAAAAGCAUAACCACAGGUGAACACACAAACAUACAAGGAGAUGCAAGAUGGGGACUUCAUCAUAAAGACAAAACAAAUGAAACCAAAAAGAAAGUUACUUGGGAGAUACAUGAUGUUAAGGAUGAGACUGUGGUAAGCUCAACGGAUUCCACUACAAGUGAGGAUGAUGAUGAGAAUCAUGAUAGUGAUGAUUUACAGACCACAAUUUCAGUCAAGUUUAGCUCUUCAUCAGAGCACUCACAAGGGAAGUCUCCAAAGGAUUCUUGUGAAGAACUUACUGUUACAAGCCCAGCAGACAUCUACUCACAGUUUGCUUCUAAAAAAGAGUUAAAAUCCAUUUUGAGAAGGCCUUCUGCUGAAGAAAAAGACAAAAAAAACUUUGAAGAAGAGAAAUCUGUUACUACACAGCAAUUUCCUUCUGAUAUUGUCAAAGAUAACACGCAGAUAGCAGACUUUGACUCUCAGAAGGCAUUUACAGGGAGUAUAAUUGAAAAGCCUGCUGUGCAGAUGAUCAGACAAGAGAGUUCUCACUUGCAGUCAGGCACAUCCCAACCUGGAAAGAAGCUUUCAAGAUUCAAAGCCACAAGACAGAAGCAACAAUAACACAUUCUUAAUUGUGAUAGCAGUCAAACUGUUUUUUGCCUGACUUUCCCCAGAUAAGAGGGAGGGGGGAGGGGGGGAGGAGCUGGAAACACAGAGACCUCAAUUCCUCCCUUCCAUUAUCUACCAUGCUCUUUAAGAGUGCAAUGCUGCCCUAUAAAAAUAUUUGAAAUAAAUCCAAUUUUGUGUAUGUA